CAUCAAGUAGGAUACUUCAACAACACUCUGCUGAAGGAUACACAUGAGACUCAGAACGAGAGCCUCAGAUAUGUCGUGGUUUGGUUUCGUGCUUUUUCAGAUAACAAGUUCCGAGUAAUAAUCAAUAGACAGACAGGUACAGAAGGCCUACACCCAUGAACUAUAAACAAAACGACUGAUGACACAGUUAAGUUUAAAUCAACACUAAAUAAAAUCUGAAUAACCGGCAAGAUGGCAACAUGAUGCAGUGACAUUUAAGAAAAAACAAACCACCGAGGCCGUGAGAGCGAGGGCCAUUCUCGCGGAAAAAAAGAACGACACUACCUGGAGGACUGUCUCGAACCAGGGGGCGCUGGAGGUCGUUGGCGGGGCUUAAGAGUUCGUGGUGGUGGUCUGAGGAGUCCUUGGCCAGAGUGCAGCCGGUUUUCUUCCGAGACAGUUGGCUGUGCGUACGAGUCAUCAGCAUUCCCCACUCUCUGUCGCCUUAAAUAUCUCCGUGGAUAUUAGUCUGGAAACGGGAUCCAUGCUUCGGAAGGUCCUUUUAGAACGUGAAAUCCACCGUUACCCUCCACAGCUGCAGCCUACCCCAGCCCCCUGCGAGGGAAUCUGAAUCCCAGAAGUGCUGUACUGUUAUUCGUCCUCUUCAAGCUCUACAACCGCCAUGGAUGAGAACUUCGAGUGGGUCCACCGCGGCUACGGCAAGAACAACGUGAAGCUGCUGCACCUUCGGCGGGAGGGCCCCGUGCACACCGUCAAGGAGUACGAGGUCAACACGGCGCUCACCCUCGACAGCGACAAGGACUACAUCGUCGGCGACAACUCGGACAUCAUCGCGACGGACUCGCAGAAGAACACGGUCUACAUCCUCGCCAAGAACCGUGGGGUGAAGUCGCCGGAGGACUUCGCCCUCCUGCUGUGCUCCCACUUCCUCAGCAAGUACAGCCACGUGACGUCCGUCAAGGUGGACGUGGAGGAGUACCCUUGGCGGCGCCUCGUGACGGAGGGCAAGGCGCACAACCACGCCUUCCUCUUCUCGCCGGAGGUCCUCCACACGUGCUCCGUCUCGCAGGACCGCGGAGGGCAGCCGCACGUGUGGACCGGCCUGCAGGGCAUGCGCGUCCUCAAGACGACCCAGUCCUCCUUCACCAACUUCGUCAGCGACGAGUUCCGCUCCCUGCCCGACAUGGAGGACCGCCUCUUCUCCACCGUGGUGGCCGCGUCGUGGCAGUACGCCGACGUCAAGGACAUCGACUUCGGCAGAAUCUGGAUAAAGAUGCAGAAGAUAAUCUACGAUAAGUUUGCCGGUCCGCCUGACUACGGCAUCUACUCCCCGUCGGUCCAGAACACCGUCUUCCUCAUCCAGGACACGGCGCUGAGGGAAAUUCCUGACAUAACCCAGAUUAAGGUGACGAUGCCCAACAAACACUACUAUGGCGUCGACCUGAGCAAGUUCCCGGAUGUAGGAAGCCUGAAAAAUGAAACUGUUUUCCUCCCAAUCGACAAACCUUCUGGAAGCAUUUCUGGCACCCUCGGAAGAAAAAUAGCAUCAAAGCUCUAAGGAAUUAAAGAGAAAAUGUAACAAAGACUAUGAAUUGAUGAUUAUGUAAAGGGAUUUUCAUCACCUGGUUGACUGAUGAGCCACCGUGUUAAUUGUAGGUUUGUAUUUCAUCAUGGGAUCGUAACAGGAAUCGUGUUACGCGACGGAGAUACGCGUAACAAUGCGUCGGAAGGAGUUGGUGACCGAAUCUCGUCGCGUUAUUUAAAGAUAUUUUAGUUUUUCCUCGUAACAACUUUUAAAAAAAGAUGGAGAGUAUCGCCACUGUGCACAUAUAUACGAGAUAUACGAGAGCUUCAUACAUUCCGGGUCAGUCAGAUAUCGAUCACUAUGCUAUCAGGUGAGUUACGCAGACUUGGUCAAGUCAGCUGAUAAGCGUAACCCAUCCUGUAACAAGGUCUAAGUAGGUAAUAGUGGUUGUAAUUAAUACGUGCUUGUGUAGACCUUGCGUGGGACGGGAAGGAACCCCGCCACGUCACACAGAGGUUCGUUUGAACCUCCAUGUGACGUGAUGUUACAAGGUUUUGUUACGCAGCGGAGUUACAUUACGAUGUUCUGUGUGUACUCGGCAUUACUUUGAUUAUAGCAGGG